ACAGGUAUCAAGUUGGAACUGCACUUUCUUAAAAAUGUUUCAACAAUAGUUCUUGAGAGGUUCUAUAGUUCCCGGUCUCUUUCUAAAGGUUGCUUUGGAAACCAGCGGUGUGUAGCAGAGAACCUCUGUCCGCCAAGCUACGCGUUCUUGUUCCCGUUUAGCUCGGCUACGACGAGAUUCUCUACUUCCAGAGACGCCGCUACAAUUUAGCGCCAUGCUUUUGGUAUCGCCUAAAACCGUAGCGUUGUGCAUAUCCUCACUCAUCUCUGGUGCUAUGAAUACGGAUCAUUAUCUUUAGUAACAUUUAUUUCAUGCCUGUAUGGUACAUACAUGCUUUCUCUGCUAUAUUUAUAAUGUUCUAAACAGUACAGCGGGAGAAAGAAUGUUUUGUUAGUACUCUUCAUCACUCUUGAUGGUUGCACGGAAGUUUAUUCUACACAACAAUGUCAGAACAAAAAUUUGAAAGCAUCUCAGAUAAGCCGGAUGGCUGUUCUACAAUUUACAAUGAUGAGAAGAUAAAAGUUAAACCUGAAGAAAAGGCAAAACAAAAGUCUAUAAAACCAGACGAAUCCGCCGAAAAAACUAACGGCCGCGGCAACAAUAACAAUGAAAAUGCAAAUUGCUAUUGCGGAAAAGAAAGGAAUCUCAAUAUUGCGGAAUUACUCUGUGCAAGUUGCUCAAGAUGGUUUCACGAAUCUUGUAUUGGAUACCAAUUAGGAAAGCUGGUACCAUUUAUGAUGAAUUAUAUAUUUAUGUGCAAAAAUUGCUCACCUACAGGUUUAGAAAGUUUUAAAAAAAACCAAGCUCCAUUUCCACAAAUGUGUGUAACUGCUAUUGCUAAUUUAUUGCAAAUAUGUCAGAAAGACAGUGAUCAAAGAACACUCUUUCAUAAGGACAAAGAUAUUAUACCGUUUAUAGAAUGUCAUUGGGAAAGUAUGACGACUAUGCCACGCAGGGUAACACAGUCGUGGCAUGCAACUAUUCACAGAGCUUUGCUCAAAGAUGUUGGAACACUUUUCAUAAUGGAUGAGAAUAAUACAGAUGGCCAGCUGUUUGGACUCACAACACCAGAUCUUGUCUUAAUAAAGCCGAAUUAUGAAGCAAUGAUCAAAGGUGGUCAUCUUAAAGUAACUGAAAUGGGUGUACAACACGUUGUGCCACUGACUGGAGGACUACGAGGACGCAAUGCAAAACGCAAAUUUCCUGGAGAAGGUGCAGGAACAGGGCCUGGUAAGAAAGGAAGAGGAUCAGAUAUGACCGCACCGAAAUUACCUGCACACGGUUAUCCUCUUGAACAUCCCUUUAAUAAGGAUGGUUACAGAUAUAUCCUUGCAGAACCUGACCCCCACGCACCUUUCAGACAGGAAUUUGAUGAAAGUAGUGACUGGGCUGGCAAACCUAUUCCUGGUUGGCUUUACAGAGCCUUAAGUCCUAGCACUGUUUUAUUAGCACUGCACGACCGUGCUCCACAACUGAAAGUUUCAGAAGACAGAUUAGCUGUAACUGGAGAAAAAGGAUAUUGUAUGGUCAGAGCUACUCAUUGCGUGAGCAGAGGUUCAUGGUAUUGGGAAGCAACUAUUGAGGAAAUGCCUGAAGGAUCAGCUACUAGAUUGGGGUGGGGACAAGAAUAUGCUAAUCUACAAGCACCACUUGGUUAUGAUAAAUUUGGGUAUUCUUGGAGAUCUAGGAAAGGUACAAGAUUCCAUGAAAGCAGAGGUAAACAUUAUAGUUCAGGUUACGGCGAAGGUGAUACCUUAGGAUUUCUGAUAACAUUACCCGAUACUCAUAAUGCUUCACAUAUUCCCAAUACAUAUAAAGACAGACCUCUUGUAAAGUUCAAGAGCCAUCUGUACUAUGAGGAAAAAGAUCAAGUGCCUGAAGCUCUGAAAGCUUUAAAGCCAUUGAUGGGCAGUAGAAUAAUAUUUUAUAAAAAUGGAGUGUCUCAGGGUGAGGCAUUUGUUGACGUCAAUAGCGGUGCCUAUUUCCCGACUAUUUCAAUUCACAAAAGUGCGACAGUUUCUGUGAAUUUCGGUCCAAAUUUUAAAUGCCCACCUACAAACAGUUCUUACAGAGGAAUGCAUGAUAAAGCUGAAGAAUCAAUAGCAGAGCAAUCAAUGGCUGAUAUUUUGUAUCUUACUGAGAAUGAGGGAAAGCUACGACUAGAUACAUUUUCCUUGUGACAUUAAUAGAAUAUUUUUGUUUCGUGUUUUGAAUUACAUAUUGAUUUCAUUACUUUGACGUCAAUUUGGAUUUAAUUCAAUGCAAAAUAACUAGGUAUAUUUAAUAUGUACAAUUUAUUUUAAUUACUCUUUUGAUAAAUGUAUAUAACAAGACAAUAUUAGUCAUUGAGGUAAGGAAAUAAAUAAUGGAGGUAUAUUUAUUUCUAACACCUUGGAACUGUAUG